AUGCAGGUGACCAUAGCUACUGAUCUGGGCAAAGUUGUGACGCGUCUGCAAUUGGAACGGACCGAGGUGGCCUUUUACAUAUUCACAAACGGAAGCAAACUGCGUUCCAAUUUGACACAACGUUUUGCUGUAACAGAUCAGGCAUUGAAUAACAUGACCACAUGGAGUGAAAUUAGUGUGCCUACAUCACCAGAGGAUGAUGAGGAUGAAGUUAUGCUGAAUCGUACCGAAUUUCAAAAUCGAUUGAAUGAAUUCAGGGAUAGUGUGCGUUCCGAGCCUGAAGAUAACUCAAUGUCGGAUGUAAUGCAAUGGUAUACGUCAAUUAAUCGUGGUCUACUAUAUCAUUUAACACAACAAAUAAAGGAAACGGAUAACAGCGCAGUUUGGCGUUAUUUAGUUGGUUUUAAAAAUCUCUUGAAGAGUAUUGAGUGCCAAAAUAUAGCUGCUUCAUAUGGUAUUAAGUACUAUGGUCGUGGGUAUUUAGGUUUGGAUGCGUUUGUCUCGUACGUACGUUAUGAAUUUCUGGCACGUGAACUGAUUAAUUCGACGCUCAACUAUGUACCAUCCUUAAAAUGGAUGUAUACUGAUAUUACUGCCUCAGAAAAUUAUAAAAAAAUGAAGUCUAUGAACUCCAAAAUUUUAAAAAACGUUAGCGGUAAAUCAGAUGAACAAGAUGCUAUUGUUUAUUACGAUACUAUGCACAACUUCACAGAUGAUCUACGGAUUAUACAAAAGGCUUUACGUUAUAAAAUUAAGGAAUAUGUAGAUAAAACACUACAUGAAGCUGCCAAUAAUGAAGCUGUGGGCAUUGUCAUCCUUGUCGUGGUACUAUGUGUUUCGCCUGUCAUAAUUAUAUUGGUCAAAAAUGCAGCUGCAACUAUUCAGAUGUACGCCUUGAACUUAGCACAAAAAGCCAAGGAAUUAAAAAUUGAGAAAUGUAAAAGUGACUCGCUACUCUAUCAGAUGCUUCCACCGAGUGUUGCUAUGCAAUUAAAAUAUACACAGGAGGUACGUGCUGAGCUUUACGAAGCGGUGACAGUCUAUUUCAGUGACAUUGUUGGAUUCACAGUAAUUGCUGCUAAUUGCACGCCGCUGGAGGUGGUGACUUUUUUGAAUUCAAUUUAUCGUGUCUUUGAUGAGCGUAUUGAGUGUUAUGAUGUCUAUAAAGUGGAAACUAUUGGUGACUCAUAUAUGGUUGCCUCAGGAUUACCAGUCAAAAAUGGAAACAAACACAUCACCGAGAUUGCAACAAUGGCACUUGAUUUACUUGAUGCUUCAACGCGUUUUAAAAUACCGCGUUCCAUCGAAAGUUUGCAAAUUCGCAUUGGCGUGCACACUGGACCCGUGGUCGCUGGCAUUGUUGGCACAAAAAUGCCCCGUUACUGUCUGUUUGGUGACACAGUUAACACGGCCUCGCGCAUGGAAUCAACUGGUGAUCCACACAAAAUUCACAUCACAAAAGAAAUGAAUGAUGAGUUGGAAAAAGUGGGCGGCUUCAAGACCGAACCGCGUGGCAUGAUUGAUGUCAAGGUACUUCUAAUAAGCUCAGAAAGCCGUUUUAAAUCCACAAUUCCUCGUCAUAAAGGGCAGAAAAAGAUUGAACUAGAACCAGCCAGAAGCAUUUAUAAAGACGAGAGUCUGACCAAUACUUAUACUGGAAAUAUCGCUGAGUGUGUUAAAGAAGGGCUCCCUCAAAAACCUAAGCAUAGUUCUGACCAGGCCUGGACAUAG